GUUAAUUAAGAUCUCGGGCGGUUAUAGGCUGACGUGUUGAGAGCAUCUGGAAUUUGCCGAGGAAAUACAAGUUACAAUUUUGGGAUGAAGAACUUGAUGAUAUGGAUUUUAUUUUCAAUCUUUCAUAUCAUAAAAUGCCAGAUACCUGCAAUAUUUUUCCCUCCAAAUUUUGUUCGACACGAGUUCCGCCGAAUAGGACCGGAAGUGGACCCGGUCUGUCCGCCGCUACGCUGCGCUCCUGUCCCAGAGGGCUGUGCCCAGCCUCGCAUUAUAAUGGUAAAUGGACGACGCUGUCCGUUUUGUCCGAGAAACAUCUGUACUGAUUUGGAACCUCCUCGGGAGGGAUUGGAAGGAAAUAGGAUACUCCUCUCCAUAGCUGAAACUAACAGUCAAAGAGAAAGCAACAAUUCACCCCCUACCUCAACAAGGGAUACCGAACAGAGAACAGAUAGACCACGGCCAGCUUCGCCACGAUCCACUCCUAAUGGCCGAUCCUCUCCUGACCCAGACUCCCCUUUCUUUGCACCAAAUGAACGACGAGUGGUGCGGACUGGGCGGCAAGGUGUGCGAGGGACACGUAUAGACCCCCCAACUCGUCGACGGACACGUGUAGACCCCCCAGCACGUCAACGAUCUGGGUCAUCGCGGAAUCGGUCCCCGUCGACAGGAUCUCGAGCUCGCACCGGGGAAAGAUCCAGAUCAACCGACCCUUCUGAAAAACCACCCUCCAAAAUUCAACCAGUUGAAAACCAGCAAAACGCACAUAUUCUUUUUCCGCUUGAACCUUUUAGAGAGAACGUUAUUAGUGACACCGAGCCAAAAUCAAAUAAAAACGAAAAAUCUCAGAAAAGUGUCCCUGUAAAACCACCUGUCACACCGGCGCCGACCAAACCGAUGAGCACACCGGCGCCCACACAUGGCACUCGGUCCGGAAGACAAGCGCGUCAGAAUAUUCAUUUACUCUUCCAAGCGCUGAACCGAAUUGGAUCUCAAUCUCGAAAUCAGCAACCUAACAACAACCAACCGAACAGACCUCCACAGACGCCGUUCCUCCCCCCUCUCCACGCCCUGGCAGGUUCUCCGUUCACGCAGGUCGUACAACAAGGCUCACAGAAUAACAAUAGACAGAAUGGCGAUACACAGUCGUCAAAUCGACAGCGACAAGCUAUAAACGGUAUUCACCCCCUGCUGCCAAUGUUCCUGUUACAACAAGCAAGACUAAAUAGUCUUAAUGCCCCAACUCCUAGCCCAGCACCGAAUGCACCAAAUGCUGCUGCACAGAAUACCCCACAGAGAAACAACGCUCCAAAUUUACAACAUUUGCCUCCACACUUACGAGCCAUGAUGCCGUUUCCAUUUUUCAAUCCAGCAGCAAACCAACAAAAUACAAUUCCUGGAAUGACUAUGCAAGCCAACCAGGCGGGUCCAGCAAAUGGUGAGCCCUCGGUUCCACCCGUCACUCCCACAGUACAGGCCGAGAUCAACCAGUGGAUGGACCAGAUGGCGAUGCCCAUUCAGGAGGUUCUUGGAGAGGUUUCACCUUCACAGUCCGGCAGUCGGCAGCAGCCUAAUCUUAACCAGAUUCAGAGAAACCAGUUGACUCCUCCAGCUCAGCAAGUGUUAAAUAUCGGCCAACAACAGAAUCCCCAAACACAGCAGCCAAGAAUACCUAAUCAGGCAUUUUUCCAGCAAUGGCUACAGCAAAUGGCUCUUCAACGACAACGUCUUGCUGCAGGACAAGCACCGGGACAAAUGACGCCCCAAGGUGCUCCAUCAAAUCGAGCAACACCACAAACGCCGAAUUCUAAUCUUCUUUUCCAGAACAUGGACCCGUCUCGAAUGAAUACUGCUGCCCAGAACCCUGUAAACCCAGCGGCUUCAACUCAGAAUAAUGCAGCGGGAUCUAACGGUGGAUUUACUCAGUGGUUAGAUUCUCUUGCGACACAGAUUCAGCACCAACUCGAAGAUGGUUCGAACCCUGUGCCACAAACAAACGCAAUUCCUCAACAGUUGAUAAAUAAUAUGCCACAACACUUGAAUGUGCUUCAGAAUUUUAACAAUGUGCCUUCGCCGAAUGGGGUUGGGGGAGAAGUCAAUUUUAAUAACUGGCUCGAAAACAUGGUAUCGCCUAUUCAACAAGAACUUACUAGAUCCCCCGGAAAUCCCCAGGGGUCGCCUGCAAGGGGUGGGGCUGAUAUUCCAGCUAGUGCGUGGAUUAAUGAGAUGGUAGAUCCAAUACAACAAGGUCUAGGAAGACGGUAGUUCAUAUCAACCUAAAUCCAAUCGUCACCAACGAAGGAAACAGAACUGUAACCACGUGACCAUUUCUAACCAGUGAAUCCUACCAAUUGUUUCAAUGGCGGCGAAAUGAUCCGGAUUUCAUUACGUGCUUAGUUUUUGGAGAUACAUUGCAGAAGAGAUUUACCGUCCAUUGUUAAAAUGCGUGUUAACGUUAGUUAUGAGUUACCCGUAUUUAAGUGUGUACUUGUAACAUAUAAGAGUAUUAUUAUCGGAUGUGUUCAGCAUUCGUAUAACUCGUUAAACAUUUUAUGUAACUACGUAUAUAUUGUUACAAACUAAGUCAUUAAUGUCGUUUCGAUUCUUGACUAACUUCUGUCGUUGUAUAUAGUUGUUUUCAUUAAUUUAUGGGAUUGUUACAAAUAAAAUUAGUUUAACAAUAA